GGCCACAGCUUGCCAACUCUCCCACUGUGAUAGUGAUGGUUGGCCUGCCAGCCCGUGGGAAGACCUACAUCUCCAAGAAGCUGACUCGCUACCUCAACUGGAUUGGUGUCCCAACAAAAGUUUUCAAUGUGGGGGAAUAUCGCCGCGAGGCAGUGAAGCAUUACAGCUCCUAUGACUUCUUCCGCCCUGACAACGAGGAGGCCAUGAAAGUCAGGAGGCAAUGUGCCCUGGCUGCCUUGAGGGAUGUCAAGCUGUACCUGACAGAGGAGGGUGGCCAGAUUGCGGUUUUUGAUGCCACCAAUACCACACGGGAGAGGAGAGGGAUGAUCCUAAACUUUGCCAAAGAAAAUGGGUUCAAGGUGUUCUUCAUUGAAUCUGUCUGCAAUGAUCCCACCGUAGUUGCCAGCAAUGUUAUGGAAGUAAAAUUGUCCAGCCCUGAUUAUCGUGACUGUAACUCGACGGAUGCCAUGGAGGACUUCAUGAAGAGAAUCAACUGUUACCAGGCCAGCUACCAGCCACUCGACCCUGAUGACUAUGACCGGGAGCUUUCUCUCAUCAAAGUCAUUGAUGUUGGCCGGCGGUUCCUGGUCAACAGAGUUCAGGAUCACAUCCAGAGCAGGAUCGUUUACUACCUGAUGAACAUCCAUGUCCAGCCCCGCACCAUUUACCUCUGUCGGCAUGGUGAAAGCGAGUUCAACCUCAAGGGGAAGAUUGGGGGUGACUCGGGCCUCUCCAACAGGGGCAAAAAGUUUGCAAUGGCCCUGAACAAGUUUGUUGAGGAGCAGAACCUGAAGGAUCUCAAAGUAUGGACCAGUCAACUAAAGAGGACAAUCCAAACAGCAGAAGCUCUCCAACUGCCCUAUGAGCAGUGGAAGGCACUCAAUGAAAUCGAUGCUGGGGUGUGUGAAGAAAUGACGUAUGAAGAAAUCAGGGAGCAGCAUCCAGAGGAAUUUGCUUUACGUGACCAGGAUAAAUAUUACUACCGCUAUCCUUCUGGGGAGUCCUACCAAGAUCUGGUGCAGCGCCUAGAGCCGGUCAUCAUGGAGCUGGAGAGGCAAGAGAACGUCCUUGUGAUCUGUCACCAGGCUGUCAUGCGCUGUCUCCUGGCAUACUUCCUUGAUAAGAGUGCAGAUGAAAUGCCCUAUCUGAAAUGUCCCCUUCACACAGUGUUGAAGCUGACCCCAGUGGCUUAUGGCUGUCGGGUGGAAUCCAUCUCACUGAACAUCGAAGCUGUCAACACCCACAGGGAUCGGCCAGAGGAAGGAAAGAAGGGACCUAACCCGCUCAUGAGACGUAAUAGCGUUACCCCUCUAGCAAGCCCAGAGCCCACCAAAAAACCUCGCAUCAACAGCUUUGAGGAGCAUGUGGCUGUUCCUUCCGCCCUGCCAGGCUGUGUUCCUCAGGAAGUGCCCUCGCAGCUGCCGGGACAAAACAUGAACACCUCGCAGAAGCCGUCGUGA